ACUGGCCCGAACACAACUUCCUUCCUCUCCUGGUCCGACUUUAAAAAAACAUUACAGUAGGAGGCUUUUAUAAAUGAGGAGCAUGUUGCGCUUUCAGUCACUCUACCAACUUCUGAUCGUCGAACAGACAGAUUUAUACCACCACAAGCUCUUCUAACAUCGACAUCAUGGUACCAACAACAAGUGCACUUAUUUGCGUGCUUUUACUGUUUUGGCUUGAGGAAACAGUUCACUCCCAGCGAGGACAUUGCGCGGGGAAAACAUGUCAUGCGGUUUUCCAGGAGCCCAGAGACUUCAAAGGUGCGCGCAGCCGCUGCAAAGAGCCGAGUGGAGAGUUAUUCGUUUACAGCUCGGCAAGCGAAGUGAUAUUGAACAGCAUAGUAGGUGGGAUUAGCGGCCAAUACUGGCUGGAAGUGCACGGCACCAGCGAGAGAGCAGAGGAGGCAGGUCUCAAAAAUUGCUCUUCCAUUUCAGUGGUGGUGGGUCGGAAACUCGAGGUACUGUUGGAGCCGUGUCAAAAAAGGCUUGACGGGUUUCUGUGCCAGUUUGCAUUCGACGAGCCCUGCGGUAAGUUGCCGACAGGUGGGGGCGCACAGGUGACCUACGACACGUAUAUGGGCUUCAAGGUAAAAAAUUCAGAAACAUUUCCACCAGGAACCAUCGCUGUGGCAGAAAAGGUCGGCAGCAUAUUUCCAGACUCCAAGUAUGUGUGUUUCUCAAGUGGCUGGUUAAAAGCUCCAUGGAAUUGUGAGGUGAUGAUGGGUGGGUGUGACCACAACUGCAAUUCUACAACACGCUCCUGCAUCUGUCCCGCAGGGCAAAGUCUCAACUCUAACAACAUCACCUGCACCAAGGAUCCUGACACCGAAUGCGAGCAUGAAUGCCAAAAGGAGGGUGGCACACAGGUGUGUAAGUGCGACAAAGACGGGAGGAGCCGUGUGGCUGUGGACGAGUGCACAGAGGAGAACCCUUGCACAGGUGAGAAUAAAGAGUGUGAGGACACUCAGGAAGGGUUUCGUUGCAGGUGCAAAGGAGACUUCCAUGAGGAAGAGGGCGUGUGUGUCGACAGUACAAUCUGUAUGAAGUGUGAACAUAGGUGUGAGAACUACAGAGGGGUUUACCAGUGUGUAUGCCUGCCGGGAUAUAAAGUGUCAGCCACAGACCCCACAAAGUGUGAGCAGCACUGCACAGAGAGAGCUUGUCUAGCCAAAUGCAUUACUAAUGAUGGGAAAAUUCAGUGUUCCUGCCCUCUUGGUUACAUUUCAGAUACGGUCAAUGGCACAGCCUAUUGCACGGACAUUAAUGAAUGUGAGAACAAGAGACACUGUGAUCACACAUGUUCAAAUUCAUUUGGUGGCUACAAAUGUUCGUGUGACCCGGGGUACGAGCUGUACAAGGAGUACAAAUGUGUUAAACAGAAGGAGAAGGGCGAUGAUGAAUCAGGCUCGACCUCCCUGUACCCCACACCCGAGAGCGCACAGCCAGCCGUAGUCCCCUCUUACAUCAAGACUGGCAGCGUCCUGAGUAUCACAGUAUUCGUGGUUCUGCUUGCAGUGCUUCUGUGUUUUCUGGUCCGAAACAUGUUGAAACGCUGUGGCAAAUUUCAGCUUUCCUCCUUCAAACACCAUGACAUUGAUAUUUUCUACCUGCAGCAGGUGACCACAGAAACCUAUAAGAGGUUAUCUUUUGACUGACCAGUGAAAAAACUGAGAGUCCUUAAAAACUGUAAGUGCAAUGCUUUUUAGGACCUCACUGACAUGUCAGGUUUGCAAUGACACUAAACCUUUUUUAUUUCAUCAGUGACAUAAGAAUGAGAAGAUUGUUUACUGCCACUGUUUAAGUGUAGUCGCUGUCUAAUAACACUGUAUCACACUGUACUGGACACUAUUUCUUUCAUUUGCCUUGGUCUCCACAUGACAUUUGUAUUGUUCAUAAUGUUACAUGUCACAUCUUUGUCAUAACAGACUUACUGUAUUUGUGAACUGCUUUGUGCAUCUUUAAAUGUUAUGUUUGUAAAAUGACACAAAAAACAUCCAAAAGAAUGCAAAUCUCACUAGUCAAAUGCAAACUGUUUCUUAGUGCUCUGUUGAGACACAGGCUCAAUGUCGCACUGUGGCAAACAUUGGAUCAUAAAAUAUGUUAAGUUGUUUUGCAUUGGAUCAUGAAUUUAGACACAAUGUGUUUUUUUUAAGGUUUGUUUUGGGGGCUUUUGGGUCUUCAUGUGCGGACCACAGCCUCCGCACAUGGGGUCCACGCACUGUCCCCAAUGUCUUAUUUUUUAAAGCACCUGUUAGAUUUGAGAUAUAUAUUUGUUGCCUUUGGACCUAAUUCUGAUGCACAUUAAGUCAUUAAAAGCAUAUUUAAGCUUUACUGACAUAUUCAAGUUUUUUCAAAUUCAUAGUCCUGUCUGGUUUCUUAUCUAUUACAAAUCCAUAUUCUGACCUUUUCAACGUGUAGUUUCUUUGUAAAUCUAAAGAUGUUGGUAAAGUCCAUUCAGUUCCCCAAACAUUAAAUCGUGACUCUGCAGGGCUUUACCCAGAAGCACAAUCAAUUCUACCACCCUACAGUAUAGACUGUGAAUUUGAUCAAACAAAAGAGUUAUUCAUCAAUUUAUGUGCAUCAGAAUAUUUCACAUGUAAUGGAAGUUCAUAUUUCUAUGUUCACUUUUAAUCCUGAGGGGCUACAGUGUAAUAUCGAUUGAGACCACAGACAUGUGCAUGUGGUGGAAUGUUUUUCAUAUAACUGUAGACUGUGAGCCCAGAUGCUGCGGCUAUAGUCCACAUAUAUAAAACAACCUCAUUUGCACCUUAUUCUGAUUAACUCAGCUGCUACAUGUCUGAAGUUUUGUCUGUAAAUAUGUCACAAUUGAAUGAUCAAAUGCCACUAUGGAUUAACUCUCCUGUUCACUUUACACUGUUCCUGCAAUGCUGGUGAAUUUAGAUUCAAACUGCUGUUUUUUUUUAUUUAGACAAUAAGCUGGUGCUCCACAUAUAUGUGUAGGUGCAACACUGGAGUAAGUAUCACCAUUAUAGAGGCAAAAAAUGUAUUAAUGCAACUGUGCCGCCUUGGUCAUCUUUAAAGUAUGAAUAUAGAUAAAUGUAAAUAUGCAGAUAUGGGGAAGACAAAAUGAAGACUUUAUUAAGCAAAUAAACACAAAAACGAUGUUU